AUGUCGGUCAUGAACUCCUUCACCAAGGACAUCUUCGAGAAGUCCACUAGAUGGUGGGGAGGAUCAGGAAAGGGCGGCGGAGUGGCGGCCGGCGGGGAGGGCACGCCGAAGCUGGAGGACUUCCUCGGCAUGCAGCAGGAGACGGCCGCGGCGGGGGCGCCUAUCCGUGGAGUGGCCGGGGGCGGUGGGAGCUCGGUUGGGCUGUCCAUGAUCAAGAACUGGCUGCGCAGCCAGCCGGCGCCGGCGGCGGCGGCUGGGGUUGGGGGCGGCGCGGCGGCUCUGCCGGUGUCGAUGUCUAUGUCUCCUGGGGCUGGACCAUCGCCUGGUGGGAUGGGAAAGGCGGCUGACAACGGCGAGGUGACCGGUGCCGCGGCGGUGGAGGCGGCGCAGAGGGUGAAGACGGCCGUGGACACGUUCGGGCAGAGGACGUCCAUCUACCGGGGUGUCACCAAACACAGGUGGACAGGAAGGUAUGAAGCCCAUCUUUGGGAUAACAGCUGCAGAAGAGAAGGCCAGACUCGCAAAGGCAGACAAGUAUAUCUUGGUGGAUAUGAUAAGGAAGAAAAGGCGGCUAGGGCUUAUGAUUUGGCUGCCCUUAAAUACUGGGGUGCUACAACGACCACAAAUUUUCCGGUAAGUAAUUAUGAAAAAGAGUUGGAUGAUAUGAAGAAUAUGAGUAGGCAGGAAUAUGUUGCAUCACUUAGAAGGAAAAGCAGUGGAUUUUCACGUGGUGCUUCCAUGUAUCGUGGUGUUACAAGACACCAUCAGCAUGGAAGGUGGCAAGCAAGGAUAGGACGGGUGGCAGGAAACAAGGAUCUGUAUUUAGGCACAUUUGGCACCCAAGAGGAAGCUGCAGAGGCAUAUGAUAUCGCCGCGAUAAAAUUCCGUGGCCUCAAUGCCGUCACAAACUUCGACAUGAGCCGGUACAACGUCAAGAGCAUCAUUGAGAGCAGCAACCUCCCUAUCGGCGGUGGCACAACCCGGCGUUUGAAGGAUUCCUCUGAUCAGACUGACAAUAAUGCCAUGGGCAUCAACGUCAACACCAGUGCCAACAAUGCUGUAUCGUCCCAGUUCUUCACCGAUGCAGGCAUGGGCAACUACGGCUCACAGCAUCAUGGCUACAACGGAUGGUCACCGAUUAGCAGCAUGCAGCCGAUCCUCCCGUUGCAGUAUGGCGCCGCCCAUGGCGAGCCCAGGCCAUGGUGCAAGCAAGAGCAGGACAGCUCCGUGGUCGCAGCGGCGCAGAGCCUGCACAAUCUACAUCACUUCAGUUCCCUGGGCUACACUCACAACUUCUUCGAACAAUCCGAUGCCGUUCCAGACGUGUCAAGCUUCGUCGAUGCGCCUUCGAGGUCGGGAGGCUACUCUUCCUUCAGGUACAAUGGAGCAGCAGCAAAUGGUGCAGGCUUCCAUGGUGGCAUCAGCUACGCCAUGCCGGUUGCGGCGGCGGUGGACCAUGGCCAUGGCAUCCAUGGAUAUGGUGGAGAAGAUGGUGUGGUAGGCGUUGAAACAGCUCAUGACCACCUGUAUGGCAGCCGUGAUGUGUACUACCUUCCUGAGGGCUCCCUUGUCGCUGAUGCUGGAAAAGAUGGCGACUAUGGCCAAGCUGUUGGAGGCAACGGCAGCUGGGUUUCGCCGGGUCCAGAGUCGGAGAUGGUGGAGAAGGAUGCCAAUGUGACGACGGUUUGCCAUGGGAUGCCCCUUUUCUCAGUCUGGAAUGAUGCUUAG